AUGUUCAGCAAAGCUCCCAAGAAAGACCCUUUAAAAUUUAGGGAAGUCAGGAAGUUAAAUGAACAAGAAGAGGUGCAUGGAAUUAAACGACGAGAUCCAGAGUUUACGAUUCCAAACUACAUGGAAAACCUAGUCCUAGAUAUACAACCAGGCUAUCGACACCGAGUUGCCAGGAUUUCACAGAGAUCCAAGAACGUCAUGCAGCAAGGGAUUGAUAACACAAAUACUUGGAUAUUAGAAUAUGAUACGAAAGAAAGAUGGGAAAAUCCAUGCAUGGGCUGGACAGCGAGCGGAGAUAGUCUCUCAAAUAUCCAAUUAGAAUUCCCCAGCCGGUGUUCUGCCAUUUGCUACGCUGAAAAACAAGGAAUAAAGUGGUUCACAGAAAAACCCCACAAAAAGGUUAAAGCGAAAAAGAGUUACGGGGAAAUAUUUGCAUGGAAUAAGAGAACAAGGACCUCAACUAAAUAGCAAAUUUUUAAA